GAGGGCGGCGAUGGCGAUGGCCCACGGGCAAGCACCCUGCACGGCCGGCGGCGGCAUGGUAGCCGACUCCACCCCGGCCGCCAUAAGCUUCUGCUUCCAACCCUCCGAUCCUCCUUCCAGCGGUGGUGCUCUCUCCAACCACCAUGCCCUCCUAGGUUUCAGCCCCCUCGUCCUAGACCACCCAAGCACCACCUCCACCUCCACAAUCCCCGCCGCUCCCACCAUGUACCGCCCCCAUGCACCGCCCGGAGCUCUCCAUCCUCCGAGGUCAUCCCCUCCACAUCCAUGGUCUUGCGAGGAAGGCGAGCUAGAAAGGCAGGCUGGAAAGGGCCCGAUGGUGGGCGGCUUGGCGUCGGGAGGAAGUGGAGCCGGUGGCCGGUUGCAUGGGUCGCUGGCAGCGGCGGGGAUGGGGGUCGGUGCGGUGAGGAUGAAGAAAUCGGCAGGGGCGAAGGCGCGGCGGAAGGUGAGGGAGCCGAGGUUCUGCUUCAAGACGAUGAGCGACGUCGAUGUGCUCGACGACGGCUACAAGUGGCGCAAGUACGGCCAGAAGGUCGUCAAGAACACGCAGCACCCACGGAGCUACUACCGGUGCACGCAGGACAAGUGCCGGGUGAAGAAGCGCGUGGAGCGGCUGGCGGAGGACCCGCGCAUGGUGAUCACCACCUACGAGGGCCGCCACGUCCACUCCCCCUCCCGCGACGACGACGACGACGCACGCGCCAACGCUGAGAUGAGCUUCAUCUGGUAG